CUAUAACAAAUGCCCUCUCUGUAACAGCCCCGUCAUCCACACCAGCAUUUCCUUCGCUUCUCCGAAGACUGGAACCCCUGUCAAGCCGGCUCGCCUAUUGCCCAAUGAUUGAAUGCCAUACAGAAGCUACCCAAUGAGGUACAAGGGAUGUCUUAUCGCGCCAGAACGAUCCACUUCUCGCGAUAAGAUAAGAGCUGGUGAACUGCAUUUCCUCGGUCAACUUGACUUGACGUCCAACCCACUGCAACGGAGCAGCCUUGGAAGAUAUUCGCCCAGACUGUCCACACGCAAACCAAACCAGACAGGCUACGCUGAUAAGCAAAAACAAAGGCUCUUCCAUGCGUAUCUGCGUCUGCGGGUGCGGGCCAGCCCUUCCCUCUACUGGAGAUUAAGAGCUUUGAUGUUGCUUCUCCGGCGGCCUGGCCUGCAGACAUGGUAAGAGGUGGUAGGUAAUUGCCAAUUGGAUAAGCUGGAUUGGGUAGGAGGGGUGAGAGGUGUUUCCGAGGAUUUACGUUGCACAGGCUCUCCUGAAUGGAGAAAGGAGGGGCGUUUGGGGAUGUGCGGGAGGUAGGAGAUGCUAGAUACUGUGCUGUGGUGUUUUGGCUAGGUAAGUAGGUUUGAUUGCGGGAUGGUAACUAGGCUGGUGAGUUUAUCUUGGAUAGGUAUCUUUCUGAUCUUCUUGUAUUUCUUUCUUUUCUCAGUUUUGCUACAUCCCUUGUUUUCUGAUUGUGUUUGUGCUUGUGCUGCCUGUCAUUGUCUACCUAUAUGAGCCAGGAAAGGAAUAAACGACAGAUUAACAGGAAAGGAAGGAAGUACGCAUCGUGUGAUACUUGAUUGGCUCAUCGCCUACCUGCUUCACUGUUUAGGGGUUUAUGAUACAGCACUCGGAGUGAGGAAAGAAGAGUAGACGGUCCCCGGUCUGGAAUAUCAACAUGUCGGGCAACUGGCAACCACAGCUGUCGGCGACAGAGAUCAAUGGUGGGCCCACUGAGGGCGGGCCUGAUGGCGUGAAUGGUUCCGAGAAUGAUAGCCAUGGAGGCCCAAGGAAGAAGAUUGUUAUCGUGGGGUUGGGAAUGGUGGGAAUCAGUUUCAUCGAGAAGUUAAUGAAACUGGAUGCGAAGAGACGAGAAUACGAUAUCGUUGUUAUUGGCGAGGAAGCACAUCUGGCAUAUAACAGAGUUGGUCUGACAAGUUUCUUCCAACAUCGGAAAGUAGAGAAUCUAUAUCUCAAUCCAAAGGAAUGGUACUCCGCCGUCCCAGAAGGAUCCUUGAACUACCACCUCAACACCAAAGUCACCGAAAUCCACCCGGAACAAAAGACCGUCUCUACCUCCUCCGGCGAAACAGUCCACUAUGAUAUCCUCGUCCUAGCAACAGGUUCAGAUGCCCUCCUCCCAAAACACACACCCGGCCACGAUGCAAAAGGUGUCUUCGUCUACCGCACAAUAGAAGAUCUACAGAACCUCAUAACAUUCGCAGCAGAAAGAAAAGGUACACAUGGCGCUGUGGUUGGUGGAGGUCUGCUCGGUUUGGAAGCCGCGAAGGCUAUGAUGGAUUUAGAAUGUUACGAAAAGGUGAAGCUUAUUGAACGGAAUCGGUGGGUGCUGAGUAGGCAGUUGGAUGGCGAUGCUGGUGGUAUUGUGGUCGAGCAGGUCCAGGAUCUUGGUCUGGAGGUUAUGCUCAGCAAGAGGGUGGGCAAGAUUGAAGUCACAGAGGAUAACUGCGUAAAGGGAGUUGUUUUCGAAGAUGGAGAUCGUAUGGAUUGCUCGACUAUCUGCUUUGCUAUCGGCAUCAAAGCGAGAGAUGAAUUGGCUCGCAAAGCCGGCAUCAAAUGUGCUGAUCGUGGUGGUGGAAUUGUUGUCAGUGAGGACCUCAGCACGAGUACCAAGCAUAUCUACGCCAUCGGCGAAUGUGCCAGUUGGGAGAACCAGACGUUCGGUCUCAUCGCACCGGGUAUUGAGAUGGCAGAUGUCCUGUCGUUCAACCUUACUCAAGCAAAAGUACACUCAUACCGCAAGUUCAAGCGUCCAGAUUUGAGCACCAAGCUGAAGUUGCUUGGUGUCGAGGUUGCUAGUUUUGGAGAUUUCUUUGCGGAUAGAGACGGGCCCAAACAUCUGCCAAUUCGGGCUGCGAGAAAGAAGGAAGGCACACAGAGUCCAGACGCACUGAAGAAGCUGACUGACGGUCCUGCUCCAUCGCCUGUCAAGGCGCUGACUUACAAGGAUCCUUUCUCGGCUGUGUACAAGAAGUACUUGUUUACAUUGGACGGGAAAUAUCUCCUUGGAGGGAUGAUGAUUGGAGAUACUAGGGACUAUGUCAAGCUGGUUCCCAUGGUCAAGAAUCAGAAGAUGCUGGAUGUUCCACCGAGCCAAUUCAUUCUCGGGGCUAGUAAAGAAGGGGAUGAAGGCGGUGACGAACUAGACGACGAUACCCAGAUUUGCUCGUGCCACAACGUCACGAAAGGCGAUGUAGUGACCAGCGUCAAAAAUGGAUCAUGCAAGAGCAUUGGCGACGUCAAGAGCUGCACAAAAGCUGGCACAGGUUGUGGAGGCUGCAUGCCCCUCGUACAAAGCAUUUUCAACUCGCAGAUGAAAGCCAUGGGCCAAGAAGUCAAGAACCACAUCUGCCCGCACUUCAACUACUCUCGCGCCGAUCUCUAUAACAUCAUCUCCGUCAAGAAACUCAAAACACUCACCGAAGUCAUGAAAGAGGCUGGCAACGACCCUAACAGUCAAGGCUGCGAAGCUUGUAAACCCAGCAUUGGAAAUAUCUUUUCAUCAUUACACAAUCACCACGUCAUGGAGCGCCCAGUCCACGGUCUCCAAGAAACCAACGACCGCUUCCUCGCCAACAUCCAACGUAAUGGCACAUUCUCUGUCAUUCCUCGCGUCUCAGCUGGUGAGAUCACACCCGAGAAACUCAUCGUGCUUGGCAAUGUCGCGAAGAAGUACAAUCUGUACACGAAGAUUACUGGAGGCCAGCGUAUCGAUCUCUUUGGCGCGAAGAAGCACGAGCUGAUUCCAAUUUGGAAGGAGCUAGUCGAGGGUGGCUUUGAGAGUGGACAUGGAUAUGCGAAGAGUUUGAGGACGGUGAAGAGCUGUGUGGGAAGUACGUGGUGUCGAUAUGGUAUUGGUGAUAGUGUGGGCAUGGCAGUCAGGCUUGAGGAGAGGUAUAAGAGUAUUAGGAGUCCGCAUAAGAUGAAGGGUGGUGUGAGUGGGUGUGUGAGGGAGUGUGCUGAGGCGCAGAAUAAGGAUUUUGGUCUAAUCGCCUCAGAUAAAGGCUUCAAUAUCUUCGUGGGCGGCAAUGGCGGUGCUACCCCAAAACACUCAGAACUCCUCGCCAAAGACGUGCCUCCUGAUGAUGUUGUUCCCGUAUUGGACCGGUACCUAAUGUUCUAUAUACGCACCGCCGACAAACUCCAACGCACAGCUCGCUGGCUUGAGAACCUGCCUGGCGGCAUCAAGUAUCUCCGUGAAGUAAUUCUCGAAGACAAACUCGGCAUCUGCGCUUCCCUAGAAGCUCAAAUGGAAGAGUUAGUCGGUACUUUCUUCGACGAAUGGGCUGGAGCAAUCACAGAUCCUGUCAAAAGCAAACAAUUCACACAGUUCGACAACACGACGGAAACCCUCGAGAAUAUGGAACUAGAAGUCGACCGCGGACAGACAAGGCCCGUUUACUGGGCCAAAGACAGCGCAAAAGUCGACUUCAAGAAUACGAAGUGGACGAGUCUUACUUGGCAACCUGUAAUCGAAGCCUCUCACUUCCGCGGCGCCGACGAUGCUCCCAACGGGAUCAGCGCCAAUAUCAAGCGUGGCGAUACCCAACUCGCCGUCUUCAAAGUCCGCGGCAAGUACCUCGCAUCGCAACAAAUGUGCCCCCACAAACGCGCCUUCGUUCUCUCCGACGGCCUGAUCGGCGACUCCAACGACAAGCUCUGGGUCAGCUGUCCCUACCACAAACGAAACUUCGAACUCAACGGGGAAGAUGCCGGACGGUGCCAGAACGACGAAGAGGUCAGUAUUGCUGUUUUCCCUGUCGAGGAGCGUGAGGAUGGAUGGGUGUAUUUGAAGUUACCGCCUAUUCAUGAACUGGAUGGCGUGCUGGGUACGAAGAAGUGGAUGGUGAAGAAGGGGGAGAGUGGGGAAGGGCCGUUUGAGAAGCUGGAUAGGAGGAUUGGGAGGAAUGGCGUGGGGAUGAAGGGGAGAAAGCCGUUUGAGGCGAAGAAGGAGUUGCUUGCUGCGGGAGGUGGGGAAAAGAAUGGGGAUAUUGAUUGGUAGGUGCAGUAAAUUUGUAAUGAUGGAAGUUUGCAGGGUGUUUGUGUUAUAGACGCGAAACAAAGACAUUUCUAUAAGAGUGUAUAUAGAUAUGAACGGAGCGAUGGAUCCCCUUGGUGCGCAUAGUAGAACAAGCUGUUGUUUAC